AUGUCCAAAAUAUUGGCAAAGUACAUGGAGUAUGAUGAUUCUGCUCUUACAUUACCUGAAAAUUUAGUAAACUUACUACUUAUUCAUGCUUCCCUAUUGAAUAUUUCUUACAUUUACUAUUAGAAUUCAUCUUCAUGGCUUUAUACAUUAGUAAUAUUUGCUAGACCAUCAGUUAGCAUAUAAAUUUCAUAUUUUUAUAUUUUUGGAAUAUGCUACUUGCUUUUAUAAGUAUUAUGUAUAAUAAAGACUAAAUUACCAGGUAAGAAUAUAGUAAGUCUAAUAAAUUGUUUGAUGAAGGUUGGAUUAUUAAAUUUUGUAAUUGAAUAAUUUUCAGACAUUAUAGGGUAUGUAAUAGCAGGACUUAUAUUAGUUAUAUAAAUGUUUGAGAUCUUGUUUAUAUAAGGAACAUUAGACAUAAAUACAAAGAAUUUCUAACGAACUUAGAUUACAUUUUUCACCAUAAUAACAUUGAUGAUAAAUAUAAUGCUCAUGAUAUUUUAUAAAUUAAAUUUCCAGCUUAAACACAUAUAAAUUAUUGCAAUAGUAAAUUCAGCAAUUUAAGCUUUGGAUCUAAUCAUAUUGAAAAACUAAAGAAGUUCAUUAAUUCGAAUAAUAAUGAUUUCAAUUUAAUUGGUAACAAUAUAUGUAGGAAUAAUGUAAUUUAUUCAUUUUGAAAAUUCCUUUACUCUUGUUUUGGUUCCUUUUUUCUUUAAAAUCAUAUCAUUAAUAAAAUUAUCAGAUUUAAUAUAUACUAAAGAUCCUAUUAUUAAUGCAUCAAUUUUAAUGUAAGAAAAAAAGUUUUAUGAAAGUUUUUUAAUAUUAAAUAAAUUAAAAGAUCAAAAUUUUAUUAGAUAAAUUAAAAGAAAUCAAUUAUUAAAAAAAUGCAUUUAUUAAAUAAAUUAGGAUUUAUAAUAAAAAGUGAAAACUCAAUAAUUGUUGGGAGUUGCUUCAAGAUUAAUUUAAAAUGAUAUUAAAAAUAUUAAAAUAUCUAAUAGUUUAAUUAAAAUUAUUUAAUGGAAAAUUAAAUUAUUAUAAAAUUGGAAAACUAAUGAAUUUAGUGAGAUUUAUAAAUUUGUAAAUAGAAUGUUAAAAAUAAAAUAAUAAAUAGAUGAUUAUUAUUAAACAGAACCUAAUGGUAUGAUAUAAGCAUUAGUUUGUUUUUUUUAUGCAGAAAUAUUAAAUGAUUUAUUAGAAGCAAAUGAAAUGAUUAUUCAUGCUAAAAAAUCAGCAGAUGUAUAUCUAUAAGAUUAUACAACAAAUAAAAAUAUGUUUUAUCUUACUACUAAAUAUGAGAAUGGAUAAUUGUAAAUGAAUAAAAUAUCAAGUAAUGCCCCAUCUUUUAUAUGUAAUAAAAAAUUAGAAGAUUUAAUUCCUCUAGGAGUUCGUGAAUGGCAUAAUAAAUUAGUAGAUUAAUUCAUAAUAACUGGUAAAUCAAAAUUUGUAAGAUAAUUGAGUCAAAAUUAUGUAACUCAUGGAUAAUCAAUUGAAACUAUAGAUUUUGCUAUUGAUUUAGCAUACUCUGAUUAAGUAAACUUCAUUUGUUUAAUUUCACCAACUUUAGUCAAAAAUGCUACUUUGAUAGUUGAUGAAAAAUAUAAUAUUGCCUGUUAUACAAAUUAAAUAAAAGAUAUUAAAUAUUAUAAAGCAUUGUUUUCUAAAGGAUCAUCAAUAUUUAAUAUAUUUCCUGAAAUUUAAGGAAUAACUUAGAGCUGCUUUUUAGAAAAUAUUCACAUUAAUACACAAAAACUAAUAUUUCAUAAUGAUGAAUUAGAUGAUAUUCAUUAUUAUUGUAAUUUAGAAAUAAUUGUUAAAUAAUAUUAAGAUGUAAUGAUAUACAUGAUUGUUAAACUAGAAAAUAUAUAAAUUAUAUAUUCAAACAAUGGUAAUUCAACUAAAAAAGAUACAUAAACAAAUUAAUCUUCCUCUGCAAAUGUUUUAAGUAUAGCUGAAGAAAGACUUGCAUUAAUUAAAUAAAUUUCUAAAGAAGACACUCAUACACAACAUUAAAGUAUUGAAGUAAGAGGUUUAAAUGAUGUCAAAAGUUUAAAAGAAGUAAAGAGUUAAAAUAAACGAAAAAGUGCAAAUGAAAUAAAAAGUCUAAAUGAAGAAGCUAUUAAAAGUGCCUUAAAUAUUGACAUUGUUUAACCAUAAGUAUUUACAUCAAGAGGAGAUCCAGAAUAACAUCUUUUAGUUGAUAAAAUGAAAACUGAAAGUAAAAAACAAUCAGUUAAAUCUAUCACUUAAGGGGGAGAAGGAAAACCCUAAUAAGUAGAAUAAUAGGAUCCUAAAAAAGAAGAAUUGUUUGAUAGAGAAGAUUAAUCUUAAGUAUCUUCUAUUAGAAUGCUGAGAAAUUCUAAAUUUUAUAGAAAAUAUGACCUUUAUAAUAAAUUUAAUAAGCAUAUGCCUUUAAAACGAUAACAUUAAUUGUUAGUCAUACUAUUUGUAUUAUGUUUAGUUUUUUAAGGAUUAUUCAUUAUAAUUGUAAUAUUUUUAAUACUAUAUAUUUUAGCAAUUAACAAGUUUAAAUUUAGUGGCAUUUGCUGUUGAUAUUAAUUUAUUAGAGAUUAAAAACCUUUUCUUUUAACCAUUGGAUAUGUUUUUGGUAACAAGAUGGAAUUUAUGGACUUACAAUUUUCAAAGAACUAAUGGUAUCAUAUCUCAAGAAGAGUAUAAUUCAGUUUCUAAAUUUGCUACUUCUAAUUUAGGACUAGGAUUUGAUUCUCUAAAUUCAAACUUAAAAUUAGUACUUAAUCGUUAAGAACUUCAAGGAUUAUUAUAAACUAAAUAUAUAGAAGCUUAUUCUUAUCUUGAUACAUAUAAAUCAGAAUAAUAUAAUAUGACACUAAGGACAGCAAUAUCUGUUUUGUUAAAUUUCUAAUAUAUAUUAAAAAUGAAUUACAUAUAUGAAAAAACGGUUAAAGCUGAUAGUCCUUAGAUUUUUUAUAGUUUUAAAAAUUAUCCUAUAAUGAGAGAUAUUAUGACAUAAUUAAAUUCUGAUAUCAUGAUACAGACAAUUUCUAGAGGAUAAAAUUUUGAAAAUGAAAUGGAAACAUUAUUUUUAUUUUAGUAGAUAUUUUUGAUUCUUAUGGUAAUGUUAAUAAUUUAUGCUAAAAUCUACAUAAAUAAAAAACUUAUUCUAUUUUUACAUUUAAGUUAAUAUUCUGAUAAUGAUGCAAUAUAAUAAGAGAUUUAAAAGUUUAAAUAACUUCUUGAUAAAUUACAAUCUGAUAAUUCUUAUAAAUUCAAUUAUUCUCUUAAAAUAGCAGAAAAGGAAUAUUAAUUUUUUGAAUAAAAAGUAGAAAAAGAAACUAGAAAUACAAAAAAUUUAAGAAAGAAAAGAAUUCCUCCUUAUAGAUUUAUUUUAGUAUUAAUUGUGUUUUAUUCAAUAAUAACACUAAAUAGUAUAAUAAAUUAUUUGGAAUUUUAAAAAUAUUUAAAAAAAUAUCCUGAAACUGCUUAUUAUAAAAAAUAAUUGGCUGAUCUUGGUGGAGAUAUACCAUUGAUGUUUGCUUAAAGGGAAGUAUUAUAUGGAAGAAAAAAUUAUAUGUAUUUAGAUGCUGCUUAUUUCGAUAGAAUGUGGUAUUAUAUUAUGGAAUCACUUAAUAAUACAAAAUUAUUUACUUCAUAAGAUCCAAAUUUUGAUAAGUAAUUUGAAAUAAUAAUAUUUAAGAAUGCUUGUUACAAGUAGUUUCAAUGACUUUUAUGCUGAAAUCUAAUUAAGUGAUUUGUGUCAAUAUUUACCAGGAGAUAUAAAAGUUAGAGGAGCUUAAUUAUGUCCAACCAUAAUGAAUUAAAAUAUGAGGCAUGGCCUAAAAGCAAUGUUAAUAUAUAUACAAAAUUUAAUUGAAACUGAUGUAGCAAUAAAUAAUUUUACUUACAGAGCAGUACCAACUUAAAAUGAAUUAGAAGGUGCAUUUAUGAUAUCAGAAGUAAUUAAUGUAAUGAAUUCUUAUUUUUAUAAUGAUCUAAUUGAUGUAACAACAAAAUUAGUGGAUCAAUAAUAAGUAAUAAGUGAUUAUAUUAAAUUAGGUUUUUAAUAUUUGUUACUUAGUUAUACUUUUUAUAGUCUUAUUGAUAAUUGUAACUGAAGUGAAAAACAAGAUAUAUGAAAACAGUAAGAUUAUAAUUCAUUUUGUGUAUAUAAUACCUUCGCAAACAUUAUUUACUGAUGAUACAUUUGAAAGAACACUAAGAACUUUGAUAAAUAUUUGA